CACAGCUGAGCCGAGUGCGCAUGUGCGGAAGAAGAAGAAGAAGGCAAAGCAGCCCAGGGAGUUCUGUAAUAAUGUUGACGUUGUCUUUACAGCUUUAAACAGAAGUUCCUUGUGCAGCUAAGCCUGGGACGCAAACACAGCAGUGAUGUCAUCUUGGUGGUGGGAUCAGUGGUCGCUGAGCCCGAACCGAACGCUGCGCUCCACCGGGCCAGACGACAAGACCUGCUUUAAUGCUACGCAGAACACUGUCCUGAACGGAGUCAGCUUUGGCGGCGUCCCUGUUGUGUUGCUGCUAAACUUUAGCGUCUUUUUGGUGUUGCUGAUCCUCUUUUCUGUUAUACGGAAGACGUUCUGGGACUAUGGACGUCUUGCACUGGUGGCAGACAAUGAAAGGGUCACUGAGUCGGGACGCCAACGUUACAGAAAUCUGUCAUCCUGUGCGUCCAUUGGAGAUGACCCGGAGUAUGAACUGGGCUUCUGUUCUUGGCUUCCUUAUAUCCUCAGAAUGGAUGACGACAAGAUAAAAGCCCGGUGUGGUAUAGACGCUGUCCACUACCUGUCCUUCCAGCGCCACCUCGUCAUCUUGCUGCUGGUCAUUACCGUCACCUCCCUGUCAAUCAUACUGCCUGUCAACCUGACAGGGGACCUGUUGGGCAACGAUCCACAGAGUUUUGGAAGGACGACUAUCGGGAAUCUUCAAAAGGGAAAUGACCUGUUGUGGCUGCACACUGUGUUUGCCGUCCUUUAUCUGGCCCUCACUGUUCUUGUCCUGCGACAUCACACAUCACAAAUGAAAGGCAUGGGAAGAGACACGACCAGAAACACCUUGUUUGUAAAGGCUGUACCUAAAACAGCGACAGAGGAGGAUGUAAGGACACAUUUCACAGAGGCGUACCCCACUUGCAGAGUGUGUGCCGUCAACAUUGCCUACGAUGUGGCUAAGCUCAUGCAUCUGGACAAGGAAAGGGUUCGAGCAGGAAAAAACCUGCGCUACUACGAGCGUGUCCUAGAAAAGACAGGGAAGCAUGGAACAAUAUACCCCCGACUGUGCGGUUACCUCUGUUGCUGUGCCAACUGUGACAAGGUGGACGCAAUAGAGUACUACAGCACUAAAGAAACAAACCUGCUGGAGGAGGUGAGGCAGCAGGUGGAGGUGGUGCCACAGCGACCCCUGGGGCUGGCCUUUGUCACUUUGCAGACAGAAGCAAUGGCCAAGUACAUUCUGAAAGACUUCAACGCGCUGGAAUGUGGUGGCAGGAGUUGUUGCUGUUGUGGCAGAGAGCCGCAGCCUUCCACCAACAGUGGAGGUCUCAAAGUGAAGAAGUGGAGGGUCAGCUUUGCACCUCAUCCCAGAAAUGUUUACUGGGACCACCUCUCAGUGCAGGGUUUUUCCUGGUUCAUCCGCUACAUGAUGCUUAACUUCCUGCUUUUCUUCCUGCUUACCUUCCUGACAACGCCCACCAUCAUCAUCAACACCAUAGACAAGUUCAACGUCACCAAGCCCAUCCACUAUCUGAAUAGCCCUAUCGUCAGUCAGUUUUUCCCCACGCUCCUGCUGUGGUCCUUCUCUGCCCUUCUGCCCACCAUCGUCUACUACUCCACGCUGGGGGAGGCACACUGGAGCAGGUCCAGUGAGCAGCUGAGCAUGUUGCACAAGCUUUACUUCUUCCUGCUCUUCAUGGUGCUCAUUCUUCCCUCACUAGGGCUCACCAGUCUUGCGUUGUUUUUCCGCUGGCUGUUUGACAAAGAAUUUCUAACAGAUGGGAAACUGCGGUUUGAGUGUGUGUUCCUACCGGACCAAGGGGCCUUUUUUGUAAAUUACGUGAUCGCGGCGGGCCUGGUGGGCUCGGCCAUGGAUCUGUUGCGGCUGCCUGGCUUGCUGCUUUACACCAUUCGCUUGGUACUGGCUCGCUCCGCUGCAGAGAGGAAAUACGUCAAACAAAACCAGGCUUAUGAGUUUGAAUACGGGGCUAUGUAUGGCUGGAUCCUGUGUGUCUUGACGGUCAUCAUGGCAUACAGUGUGAUUUGUCCCAUUAUUGUACCUUUCGGUCUCUUAUACAUGAUGCUGAAGCAUUUGGUGGACAAGCACAACUUGUACUUUGCCUACUUGCCGACACGCCUCGACCGCCAAGUCCACCUGAAGGCUGUCAAUCAAGCUCUGGCCGCGCCCAUCAUCUGCCUAAUAUGGCUUUAUUUCUUUUCCGUCCUCAGAACGGGUUUCCUGACCCCGACGUCUCUGUUCACCCUGGUGGUCCUGAUCAUCACUAUCAUCAUCUGCCUCAGCUACACCUGUUUCGGCCAUUUCCAGUACCUCAGUCCACACAAUUAUGAGGUGAACAAGAAAGAUGAGGACUUGCCUGAGGAAGUGGAGGAACACACUAUGGUUUACCUUCCAAGAGUGCUGAAUCCAAAAUCGUCAGUGGGGGCUUCAAACGGGUCUCUGACCCCGCAGUCCUACGGUUCUACUGAAGGCAGCCCGGCACACACUUCCAGUCCUGUAGGGGGCAGCGUGAUGAAAGACAAAGGCAUUGAAGUUCAACACUCAACACGGAGCUAGGAUUAAGACAUUUGCUGUAAUGCUGGGAUAUGUGCUUGUACUUUAGGACGUUUUGGGGUCUGAUAUGUUUACACAAAAGCAACUUUGUGGGCCUUUACGAUAAGUGUCAAUUUAUCAAACAACAUUCCGCGAAUUGUCGACACGUGUUUUGUAAUUUAAUGCUAGUAUGCUUUUUGUCAUUUCUUGUGGAAUAAUGAAAGUCAUGUUGAGAGGGACAAUCGGUAGAAAAUGGAUGGAUGGAUGUUGCAUAAGAACAAAAUACGCAGUGAUGCCAAAAAACCCUGUGAAGGAUUGCGCUUAAGACUUUAGGUGGAACUGCACUUUUUUGGGGGAAUUUUCUAACUUGUAAAUAAAAGUCUGCUUCCGGCGGAGCCAAAGGGAGGUUCUCUAUUUCGCCCAUAAAAUCCAAUAAAUAACCAUUCAAAAACCGCCAACAAUACUCAAUUUACAUUUCGGGAUUUGAAUAUUAACCAAGUAUUAGUAAUAUUGUUAUUAUAAGCGCUAAUGCAGACAAACUAUUUGUAAUGGCGCUGUGAUCACAGGCCUGUGUACAAAUUCAACAUGAUCGACUGGCGAGGUGUUUCCUUGCUUCCUUUCUCCCUGGAUGGAAUUUUAUUGUAUAUCAUAAAUCAUGCAUCUCACCUGGACAGAAGAAGUCUGAGGACGUAUUCCGAUAAGUUGGUACACUUUGACAGCCAUUUAGGACCCGGAAAUGGCGAGAACGGCACGAAAAGAUGCUCCCCCCCCAUGUCUUUGUGGGGAUUAUGGUCCUCCUUCGUCUAAACGGGAAUGUAACAAGAUUCUAUCAGUCAGCAUCCUAAUGAUAGCAUACCUUGUACAGUAAGUCAUGUUUUAUUACGUUUGUUGGCUCUCAUGAUAUCUGUAGUGAUCAAUGAUGAAGAAGAAAAAAACGUGAUACGUUUUUUAAAUUAUUGUGCCGCGUAUGCUUAAAAUUAUCAAAAUACAUCAAUAUUAAAUGUUAUUAUAAAUGUGCCCAGUACUACAUUACAUAUAUACUUACAUCAUGUAUAUAAAACCUCAAUGGAGGUGUUUGGAUGUUUUAGGGCGUUAUAGGCAGAAUAGAGCGGCUGACAUAAGCUCCAUUGUAAGUGGACUUUUGAUUGCAUUUAUUUAAUAUUUAGAAUGCAAAAAAAUAACAUCCAUCAUCAUGUCCUUCAUAAUGAUUGUGAAUGAUAGGCAAACUUCCAAGAAAAAGUGCAGUUCCCCUUUAGUAAUUGAUUUUGCACUUUUUGUUUUAUUUACACAUUGAAUGAAGCCUGUUCAUUAUUAACCAACAAGUGCCUACUGUAGUUAUCUCGCGCUGUUGUAUUAGCCAUCAUGUCCAAGGUUUUUAUUUUGAAGUAAUGAUGUCACUGAUGAAACUUGUGUUGGACAAAAUCCAUGCAUUCACAAAAUACAAACAUUUG